UGUGUGUGUGCCUUUGUUUACUGUCACUUAUGUAGCAUGUCGGCUAACCAGUAGUCGCUGCUCUUUUAAACCGCUUCCUGAGGUAAUUCAUGUCCUCAUCCGACACUCAUUUAAAAUGUCUCCGCUGCUUCUCAGGGCUUUUGUGAACGAGCGACUGACGGCUGCUGUCGAGGAAAUAUUUCAGGUUUUUGAAAGAACAAUAGCAAAAUACGAAGAAGAAGCUUCCAGCUCAAAGCAGGAGAUCGAGCGGCUGAGAAGUCUUCUGCGGGAGUUUAUGUCCAACCAGAGGACAGACAUCACUGUAUCAUCUGACAAAACUCGUGAGCAGCAUCUGUUUGAGCGGAGGAUCCAGCAUGAGGACUCAGAGCCUCGUCGCCUCAAAGAGGAAGAUGAUGAACUCUGGGGCACAGAGCAACAAGUGGAAGAACAGGCUGGAGAGGAACCCAGUGCGUUAUAUCCACGUCAUUCUUUUGUUUGGGAGGACAGCAAACAGGAGGACACAAAACCGGUUCUGCAAACCCAGACAGAAAACUGUGAAACCAAGAAUGAGUUUCAGGACAUGCAGGAAGCUGACGUGGUACAGUUCCCAUCAUCUCUUGCUUCAACUCCAUCUUCACAUAAUGAAAGAGUCCAAGAUGGAGGGGAGAGUGAAAGACCUGCUGCAAGUUGUCCAUUAGACCAAACACAAACUGAAUCAGACCAACCUUCUGUCCUCGGCUCCACAGAACCCACCAAGCUGCCUCAUUUGAACUCAGCUGGAGCUGACUAUCAGUGCUAUUCCUGCGCUAAACCUUUCUCUUCCCAUCAUCGAUUGAUAAACCACGCUUUUCGCUUUCAUUCACAGGAUACUAUCAUCACAUGUGCAGUCUGCGGAAGAACCUUCGAGUCCACAGAGGGUCUUGAUUUGCACCUCAAAUCUCACAAGAGCUCAAAAUGUUGCCACAUAUGUGGUAAACACUGCAACAGCACAACUGCGCUGACUGAACACAUGGCUGGUCACGCUGGGGUGAAACUGCAUCACUGCCAUGUGUGUGGGAAAGAGUGCAGCCGAAAAGGAGAUUUAAAGAUACACAUGAGGAUUCACACGGGCGAGAAACCUUUCUGCUGCUCUUUCUGCUGCAAACGUUUUACCCACAGUGGACAUCUGAGGAAGCACAUGAGAAGCCACACGGGAGAGAGGCCACACAGGUGUGAGGUCUGCGGGAGAGGAUUUCUGCAGAGCGCACACCUCAAAUACCACUUAGGCACGCACACUCAGAAAUACUGACCAGCCCAUGUUUUAAAGAGAGGACUUACAGUGAAAAAGAUGACAUUUAAGAUCAGAGGAUAGAUGCAUAAUAAUGUGCACGCAGCAAAACCAUGCAUACAACUUUUUCUCCACAUAAAUUAGGAUUCAUAAAGAAAGAAAGAGUGUGAGUAACACUUUCUCUAUACUAGGUGUACACACCUUUUUUGGGUGGGUUUAUGUGGGUGGGAUCUGCUUUCCCUUCCAGUCUAAAAGUUCUGGGCCUGCACCAAAUGACCCCCCCACCGUCUGCACUGGCAGGGUUUACUAACUGUAAUUAUGGGAGCUAUAAAUAGCUUCAAUAAUGUGCUGAGCAUGUUGGCUAUAGCAAAACUUCUCUAAUGAAACUUUAAAAAGAAAAUAGCAUUUAGAAAUUAUUGUGUUUUUCUGGCACAUUAUCCAGACUUCAGCAGGUCUGUUGGAAAAAUACAGCAAACAUCCCAUGAUCCAUCUGUUCGUGUCUCCCUUCUGAUCAUCUCCAAGGCUAUAACUAUAUCCUACAGGCUUGUCAGUCCUUCACGUCAACCCUAAUGUGAUGUGUGAGGCUAGGACUGGGCAAUAUAUCAAGAUUUUCAAAUAUAUUGAGACUUUAUCAGACGCAAUAUAGAAGGAAGGAAUAUCGUUUAUAUGGAGAUAGCUUGUUUUGAGUUAAAAGCAUCUUUUCUUUUGCAUUUUGC